AUGAGUUUUUUUAAUCAGGAGGCCUUGAAAUCAGAAAGUGUUCAAAUCCAUCAUGGACCUCCUUCUAUCUACCAGCUGAUACCAAAAAAAGAGCUGAUUGGAACCUUGACCAGAGUGACGAUUGGUGAGAAAGAUGCGAGCAAGACCAAUAAAACCAUCUUAUUAGUUGGUGAAACAGGAGCAGGAAAGUCCACCAUGAUCAAUGCUCUGUUCAACUAUGCUGUGGGUGGGAAGUUUGAGGAUGAAGUUUGGUUUCAGAUUGUGGAAGAGGAGCAGAGAAGUCAAACAGAAAGUCAGACAUCAGAUGUUGUUGUCUAUCAAAUGUUUGGUUUUGAAGGCCAAACUCUACCGUUCUCUCUGACCAUCAUCGAUACUCCUGGAUUUGGAAGCACCAGGGGAUUUAAAGAAGAUGUCUCUGUCAGCCGAAGAUUGUUUGAUUUGUUCAGAUCAGAAGAUGGAGUUCAUGAGAUCAAUGCAGUGGGUCUGGUGAUGAAGGCCAGUGAUAAUCGACUGAGUGACCGACUGAAGUACAUCUUUGAUUCGGUGACGUCUCUGUUUGGAAAAGACCUGGAGAAAAACAUAGUUGCUCUGGUCACUCAUUCUGACGGAAAACCACCUUUAAAUGUCAUAAAGGCCCUGGAAAAUGCAGAAAUUAAAUGUUCCAGAGAUGAGAUGAAUCAGCCUGUUCACUUCAUGUUUAAUAAUCAACAGAUCGAACAGAGAAACAGAACAGAUAAAGAUCAGGAUGGUUCAAAAUACUCCUGGGACUUUACUAAGGAAGAAAUGGGUCGUUUGAAGGAGUUUCUGAAAAAAACCAAACCUCAGCCUCUGAAAACAACCGUAGAGGUUCUGAAUGAACGGAUCAGACUGGAGGCCUGCAUCCAGAACCUGGAGCAGAGAAUUGAGCUGACUGAACUGAAGCAGAAUGAACUCAAACAGAUCGAAGAAGCUUAUAAUAAACAUGAAGAAGAGAUGAAGGAGAACCAGAACUUUACUAUAGAAGUUGAUGAGUUUUCUGCCCUGAGGAGCUCGAGUUUUGCCCCGCCCCUGUCUGCUCUGUUUGUCGUAUCUGUUCUUGGAUUCUACCGGCUUCUGAACCUGCUCGGCGUCUGCUGCUCGCUCUCUAGGAACUCUGGGGGCAUCGCCCACCGCAACUGCUGUCAAAGCUCCACGAGCGGACUUGAACUUUGA